UGCUCAUCAAGAUAUAGACUUGGGGCUCAGCCUCAGAGCUUUGCAGCCUCAGCAUCAUCCCCGACCACGACCACAUUCGAUGAAUUGGUCGGCGGCGGCUCAGCUGUCGGAUCUCUACAAGAAGGGAGAAGAGUGUGAGGAAGAGGCGGAGGUGGUGCAGAGCAAACGGCGGCGGGGUUAUGUGAAAGUGAAUAUGGAUGGUGUCAUUGUUGGCAGGAAAGUUUGCAUCUUUCAACAUGGCUACUAUUCUAGUCUUGCCCUUCAGCUCGAAGACAUGUUUGGUCGACAAUGUGAAUUUGGAUUGAAGCUAUUCGAGACAGAAUCUGAAUUCUCUUUGUUCUACAAAGAUGGAGAUGAGAAUUGGAGGAGUGUCGGUGACGUUCCAUGGAAGCAAUUCGUAGAAGGCGUGACGAGGCUAAGAAUUGCUCGGAAAGACGAGGCUUUUGUUGUCCUUCAUCAAAAUUAG